AUGUUCCACCACAAGAAAACCAUCGCCAACGGUGACCUUGUGCUCGUGUAUAUUGGCCGAGAUAACCUCAAACCGAUCUUCAUCAAAGAAGGAGAGGUUCUGCAAACCAGAUAUGGCGUUUUUCCUCAUGACAGUAUGAUAGGGAAACCUUUUGGUUCACAGAUCACUUCUACCAAAAAUGUUGGAUACAUCUAUCUAUUGCGGCCGACUCCCGAGCUUUGGACUGUCUCGCUUCCGCAUAGAACCCAAAUCGUUUACACGCCUGAUUCAAGUUAUAUAGUGCAGCGGAUGAAUGUCGUUGGAGGAAGCAGGGUGAUCGAAGCAGGUACUGGUUCUGGAUCUUUCACACAUGCUUUUAGCAGAACUGUUGGUCCACAAGGUCGAGUUUUUUCAUACGAAUUCCACGAACAAAGAUACGAGCAGGCCAAGCAAGAGUUUGAGAGCCACCAGCUGGAAAACACCACGCUCACUCACAGAGACGUUUGUAACGACGGGUUCAGUAUAGAUGCUCCUGUUGAUGCACAGAUGGUGUUCUUGGAUCUUCCAUCGCCGUGGGAAGCUAUAACUCAUCUUCCAGAAGUCAUUGCUAAAGACCAAACAGUCGAGAUUUGUUGUUUCAGUCCAUGUAUCGAGCAGGUUGUGAAAACAGUGGAAGCUCUUCAACAGUAUGGAUGGACUGGUAUAGAAUUAACAGAGGUGCAAGCUAAACAAUGGGAAGCUCGUAAGGAGAUGGUCCGCGAGCUAGAUGACGCAAUCGAGCGUUUGCGUGACGUGAAGAAAAGACAGAAGGAAGGUCUUGACCUCAAAAAGCUACCACCAAAGAGAGACGCUAAUGGUGAAGAAAAAGACCGUGGAUACAAUCCAUUUGGUAAAGGACGACGCAUUCAAGAGGGUGAGGAUGGAUUCAGCUGGCAAAAUGUCUCGAAAACUGGUCCGGAACUCAAGACCCACACGUCCUACCUGCUCUUUGCUCGUCAAACUCCGACCCUUGGUGCAAAGGUGUAG